CUUCCCCCCCACACCCUUCUAAUUUCCCCUUAUGUGUGUGAAGCACACCCAGAAAAGUUGCUGGUUGCCCAAGCUGCCGCCAACGCAGUGGGAAGAAAAAGGCCCAGUGUGACACCAGCUUACAGACAACCGACAACUCGCUCCCAGAUUGCCAGUAGCAACAACGGUUAGAGGAAAAUGGCCAGUGUGAUACCGCCUUAAGGCAGUUAGGCCGCUGAUUGGGUUAGCGCCGCCGAUGACAUCAUUGGACUCCCAACAAAUCACAAGUGUGUUUUCAGAGCUCAGCCAAUCGUAAGGCUUCAUCUGAGGCUUUAAAACAACCCAUUCUCUCUUCCUGGUUUCUUCCUUUUUCCAAGGUAUGUAUUUUGAGAUAACAAGGGAGUAAAGGAGGAAAAAAGUGAGAUCCGGGGGGCAGCAUGAGCCAAUUAUAAUGACGCCACUAUAAACUGUUGCCUGCGCCAUGACGGGCUCAGGGCUGACCAUCAGGCCCAGGUGGAUAGUCUACCGGCACCAUAGACCACAUGUAAAAAAGAAUAAAUAAAUAAAUGAAAAUCUCCACGGGUUGAAAUAAAAAAGCGCUUUUUCAGUUUUUUCAAUACCUCGAUUUUCGUGAUCCUCGAGUUUAACGCUUUGCCUUUGGAACGAAGCGAGCGUGAAACUCGAGAGGGUACUGUAUACAGGGUCAGGCUGAUGCUAUGAGAGGCCCGUCUCCCAUUUAAAGAACUUAAAAAAGCUAGUGUAGGGUGAGUGAGAGGAAGAGGGGUGGCACACACCAAAGAGAAGAGGAAGAGGAAAUGGAGCAAGACUGAAAAUGCGAGAGGGAGCUGUGGGAGGAUAUGAGGAUAGUGAUGAUUGUUAUGAAUUUAGUGAGUCCACUUUCUCAUCGUCAUUCAUCAUCAUUUCAUCGACGUCUGCUCCUAGGAGCUCCCACCAGGGGAUGGCCACGGCAGAAGAGUUUCCAUCUUUCUCUAUCCAGACACUCCCUCCUUGCCUGCUCAGAGUUUCUCAAGGAUCUUUCCCCCUCUCCCUAACGUACUCUUGCACCCUAUCCCUCCAUUUCACUGGAGGUCGUAAGGGAGGAAGUGCUGGGUGAGAUGAAAACAUGGAAAAUAGAACAUAAUAAAGCUAAUGCAGACUUUAAGGAAAUAAUUGAAUAGCAACUAAAAGGGGAGGAGGGAAACCUAGAAAAAGAGGUGGUUGAGGUCAUAAAAAAGAACGAAGAUUUAGUGAGAGAUGUAGUGGAUAAGAAAAAGAGUGUUAUAGUAUUCAGAAUGAAAGAAUAAAACAAUGUACAUAUAUUGAAAUGUAUGUAUAUGUUAUUUUGUAUCUAAGUACUUCCAUUUCAUAUUUUCAUGAUAUGUAGAACAGUCAGCAUCACUGGACAGGCCACCACCGCUGCAGACCCGGAUCCAAAAGUUAACUUGGAUUCAUCUCUGGACGGGGCAACGCUGGGCCUGGUUCCCACAGCCAUGAAGAGGGACCAUUUAGAAACAUGAUCCCUGCUGCAACCACUGGGUUAAACAGGAUCAGUCACACCUGUUGGACUCGCAUGCAGAGAUGACUGGCCCAGGCACAGAAGAAGAAGAGGCAGGCCACUCUGGCAGCACGGCAAGAUGGAGCAGAUGGAGCAGACCACCAGUGUUCAGGAGCAGCUGUUGGGUGACAAGGCCCCGGAGGUGUGUGUGACCUCAGUGGUGGCAGCCGAGGACAACACUCCUGCCUCCUCCAGUGUUCAGGAGCAGCAGUUGGGUGAGAAGGACCCAGAGGUGUGUAUGACCUCAGUGGUGGCAGCCUGGGACAACACUCCUGCCUCCACCAACUCGCCCAUUGACCUGUGUGCAUGUUACCCAUCCUGGAAGGGGACACUGAAGAGUACCUCAGUUGUGGCACAAGUAGGAGCCAGGAAAUUAAAGUCACCAGCAGAGUAUUUGAACCAGUCUUGUAGAAGUAUUAUACAGCCUUCUGUGAUGUUUUUACCAUACAGUGGGGAUAAUCUCAAGACAAAACAUCACCGUCUCUGUGGCUGCUUGGGUGUGGACACUGCUUCUGGCCAGGUUGACAAACAAGCUUUGUGUUGGAAAUUUAUUUGCACCAGAGUGUUACAAUACUUUGAAGAGUCUCCCUAAACAAAUGCUCAGUGAUACAGCAGGAAAAAAUUAAAAAAAAAAAAAAAAAAAAAAAGAAAAA